CACCUUAAUUCUUCAAAUAAGUUUAAUUGAAGCUUCAAUCUUGGUCUCAGCGGUAGAACAAGUUAGUGUAUUGUGCAAUUUUGUACUCAUGGUAUCUACAAAGGAAAAUGAUUCACAAAAAGUGAUCGUGUUGAACAAAUCGUUGAAAUUGGCUGAAGGAUGGGUGAAGCAAAUGAAUGUAGGCGAAGACAGUGCAAAAGAUGCGGAAGAAGUGGAAAUUCAGAUUAGGCCUCAAAGGUUGGGUUUAGGAGCAAAGUUUGUUCCUCACUCUAAGUUCGCAACCACCUUGAACCCUGUUGAGAAGAAGCUACGUGCAAAACUAAAUGCUGCCAAACGACAAUCUGCUUCAGGCACUGAAGAGUCAUGCUCAGUUGACAAAGACAGCAAAGCACAUGAGAUAAAGCAUAGCAAUGUAGAUGAUUAUGAUGAUGACGAUGGCGAUUCAGAGAGCAGAGCAAAUACAUUUAACAAGCGUCGAGAAAAAUAUUCAGCCAACUCACUGCAAAGUUCAGUUACAUGUGGAAAGAAAGCAAAAAAGCAGAAGCAAUAUAGAUAGAGGCGGUCUUCUUGUGGACAUGUUUUUGGCCUGAAUCUAUGCAGACAUCCUAUUGGACGGGUUUAAAAGAUUGUGACAAUCAGAAGUCAGUAUAUCCCUUCUUGUGAUAUGUUGGCACCAGUUCAUAAAAAGAGGACCUCAAGAACACGGAAAAUUAAUUGUGGAGGAGGAUAAACAACGCAGCAUUUAUUUCAUACCGAUAAAUAUACCAGUGGCAGUUUCAUCAGAUUGUGAAUCUCUAGGCUCGACUUUAGUCCAGUGCAAUUUUGUGGUUUGUUUCUUGGAAGUUGUAAUAAUUUUCUUAUCACUUCUGGCCCAGAUGUGCAUUUGUUGUAAAUGGAUCUGAUAAUGGUAAACAUGGGUGUGAUAAUGAAUCGUGUUUUGAUCUAUCUUCAAAAGGUGAGAGGAUUAUUCUCUUCGGGAAGGCAGGAAAUUAGAGAUGCUGACAAACAUUAAUGCCAAUUUGAAUUGAAUUAUAUAGGAUUAAUACCAUGGGAUUUCUACAA